UGGGAUGAAGUAAGAUCUGCUUUUCCUGAUAACAUGAAUGGAAGCAGAAUAUUGAUCACCAGCCGCAUAAAAGAAGUAGCUUCACAUGCAAGCUCUACUCCACCCUACUUUCUCCCAUUUCUUGACAAAGACGAAAGUUGGGAGCUCUUUAGAAAGAAAGUGUUUCGGGGAAGAACAUGUCCUCCCGAGUUAGCAACUCUAGGGAGAAAAAUCGCAGAUGAUUGUCGUGGCUUACCACUUUCCAUUGUGGUUUUAGGGGGCCUUUUAGCAAAUAAAGAGAAGACAUACCGAGAAUGGUCCAAAUUAAUUGGCAAUGUAAAUUGGUUCCUUACUGAUCAGGCUAAUCCAAUCUGCAAAGACAUUUUGGCCUUAAGCUACACCAACUUACCACGACGUUUGCAACCAUGCUUUUUGUAUUUUGGUGUAUAUCCGGAAGACUUUGGGAUCCCCGUAAGGCAAUUGAUCCAGCUAUGGACAGCUGAGGGAUUCAUACAGCCCACGGGCAAUAGAAGCAUAGAGGAUGUCGCCGAAGACUACUUGGAGGAGCUCAUUGAUCGAAGCUUGAUCCAAGUGGGUAGCAGGGCGACAGAUGGAGGCUUAAAGAUAUGUCGUAUUCAUGAUCUUCUGCGAGACCUCUGCAUAUCCGAGAGCAAGGAAGACAAAUUUCUUGAGCUACUUAGAGCCGGUAACCUUUCAUUCCCCAUCAAAUCUCGUAGACUAUCCUUCCAUGGUGAUGGUAGCUUUCCUCUAUACAAUGUCCUAAACUUCUUUGAUCCUCCAUGUGCUCGUUCUUUGUUGUUAUUUGGCAAAGUCAAAGAUAGAGACUUGAAUUUGUUCGUCGAAAACUUCAAGUUGAUUUGGGUGCUUAAUUUGGAGCACUGUAUAGUACUCCACUCCAUUCCCAAAAGCAUAGAAACAAUGAUCCACUUGAGGUACUUGAGGAUAACAUUAUCUGAGUCAGUAAGUGUUAUUCCGGAUUCCUUUGGUAACCUUAGGAAUCUAGAAACACUUGUCAUAGAGGGUGGACAUUUAGAAGAUGAAUAUCAUCCAGUAAUUCGUAGGGUAAGCGGGAUAUUUAAGCUGCAGCGCUUAAGGAAUCUGUAUCUGAAAGAGUUUCUGCCGUUGCCUUACCAUUUGGAUGAAGUUCUAUGGAACCUCCAAGUCCUUUCCACUUCAACAUGUUGGUAUGUUGGAGAGCUUGCUGGCGAACUGGACAAGUUUCCUUGUGUUAGGGAACUAGAAAUAAAAUUUAUCUACAAGGGGUUGUUUUUUGAAGAUGACAACAAAGCAGUACAUUUUUUGGAAAGCCUUCAUCAUUUACAUUAUCUUCAAAAAUUGAGAAUCGAUGCAUUCACAAUACCUCCUAGGGAUUCGAUUUCAUUUCCAUUGACAAUCACUCAACUAACCUUAGAAAAUACUCGGUUAGCAGAUCGAAGGUGGCGGCAUGACAGUGCUGGGAAACCUUCCCAAUCUUCGGAUAUUGAAAUUAGAACAGUGUUACGAUAUUAGAAAUCUGCACGUCUUUGGAGAUUCAUUUCCUAGACUCGAAGUCCUUGAAUUGCGAAGUUUAAAAGAUGUUAAAGAAUGGAAACAAGAGGAAGGUGCAAUGACAUGCCUUAGAUAUUUGGUUAUCAGAUCAUGCCUUAAAUUGACAAUGCUCCCUCCGGAACUAUGGAGUUUGACUGCCUUGCAAAAGGUGGAGGUGUUAGAUCCCAACUCAGAAUUGGAACAGAUGCUUCGAGGAUUGCAGAUGACGUUUAGGUGUAAGCUAGUGAUCGGUUCAGCUCAUUGACAACCCUCGUCCGUGGGUUCAAGUACUGAUAUCAUCCAAUAAUGACCCAUUUUGCAGAUAACUUCAACGGAAAUGGAAACAGUAUUAUGAUGUUCAUGCAGCCCCACGGUUUUCAGGAGGUAGAGGGAUUGAUGGAGAACUAACAGCUCUAUUUGGCAACCCUUAUUCUGUUGAUCGAAGACUUUGGUUUGAUAAGGCUGGAGUUGUCUGUUUACUUCCCCUGUUUUUCAGCACAUGAAGGAUUCUUGCUACAAGAAGGAGAAGAGUCACCAAAUAGAGCUAAUUAAGAGUCAUCAUUGUUAUCUUCUUGAGGCUUUGGUGAGACUCCAUUGCCACCUUGUUCCCAUUGUGUGUGUUUGGUGCUUUUGUUUGAUCCAAAUAACGUUUUUGUGUGUGUAAGAAUCAAUGGUUGGAAU